UAACGACAUCUCUUCAAAGUCCAGAUGUUUAACAUACAUAUGUAUCUAUCUAUUGGGCAGCUUCUUACCUGACCACCAGAGGGCGGGCUCUUCUGUUAAACCAGUGGACUCACCUGCAGUGAAGGGCUGUAAAGUGUGAUGCAAACAGCGUCUUGACAGGUGGCGCUCUGCUAUGAAUCAGAUCAAGGACAGUGAAGAGGAAGCUCCGCCCUCUAAAACCACUCUGUGUGAGGAACAUGAGGGUCAGAGGAGGAUCCAUCAACAGAGACCAGACUCUGCCAGACCUGGACCUGGACCCAGCUGUGUCUCCAUGUCGAGUGACUGGUCCAUGGAAGAACCUUUGAACUUCAAACAAGAACAGAGGACGAUCCAUCAACAGGGACCAGACUCUGCCAGACCUGGACCUGGACCCAGCUGUGUGUCCAUGAAGAGUGACUGGUCUAUAGGUCAUUAUAUUGACUUCAAGGAUGGAAAAAAACAUGGUGAACUAAUAGUUGAUCAGGAGAGGACAGAGGUUCUCAGUGGUCAGUCUGUCCAGCAGCAUGGAGCAGACCUGGACUCCAUAUUUAAGCUGCUGGAGGAGAACAUCAUCUGCUUUGUGAAGAACGAGCUGAAGAAGAUCCACAAGGUUCUGGAUACAGAUCACACAGAAGUCUCAGAGAGUCAGAGGGAGGAUGAGGAGCAGAGGAGCAGCAGAGAGGCCUUUCUGAAGAUCACAGAGGACUUCUUAAGGAGGAUGAAGCAGGAGAAGCUAGCUGACAAAAUCAGAGCUCCAGCUUGUCGACGUGAAUUCAAAUCAAACCUGAAGAAGAAGUUCCAGUGUUUGUUUGAGGGCGUGGCUAAAGCAGGAAACCCCACCCUUCUUAAUGAGAUCUUCACAGAGCUCUACAUCACAGAGGGAGAGACUGGAGAGGUCAAUAAAGAACAUGAGGUCCGACGGAUUGAAAGAGCUUCCUGGAAACCAGACAGACCAGAAACAUCCAUCAGACAAGAAGACAUCUUUAAAGCCUCAGCUGGAAGAGACGGACCAAUCAGAAGAGUGAUGACAAAGGGCGUGGCUGGCAUUGGGAAAACAGUGUUAACACAGAAGUUCACUCUGGACUGGGCUGAAGACAAAAGCAACCAGGACAUGCAGUUCAUGUUUCCCUUCACUUUCAGAGAGCUGAAUGUGCUGAAAGAGAAGAAGUUCAGUUUGGUGGAACUCAUCCAUCACUUCUUCACUGAAACCAAAGAAGCAGGAAUCUGCAGGUUUGAAGACUUUAAGGUGGUCUUCAUCUUUGAUGGUCUGGACGAGUGUCGACUUCCUCUGGACUUCCACAACACUGAGAUCCUGACUGACGUCACAGCGUCCACUUCAGUGGACGUGCUGCUGACAAACCUCAUCAGGGGGAAACUGCUUCCCUCUGCUUGCCUCUGGAUAACCACACGACCUGCAGCAGCCAAUCAGGUCCCUCCUGACUGUGUGGACAUGGUGACAGAGGUCAGAGGGUUCAUGGACCCACAGAAGGAGGACUACUUCAGGAAGAGGUUCAGACAUGAGGAGCAGGCCAGGAGGAUCAUCUCCCACAUCCAGACAUCACAAAGCCUCCACAUCAUGUGCCACAUCCCAGUCUUCUGCUGGAUCACUACAACAGUUCUGGAGAACAUGCUGAAAACCAGAGAUGGAGGAGAACUGCCCAAGACCCUGACUGAGAUGUACAUCCACUUCCUGGUGGUUCAGUCCAAAAUGAAGAAGGUCAAAUAUGAUGGAGGAGCUGAGACAGAUCCACACUGGAGUCCAGAGAACAGGAACAUGAUUGAGUCUCUAGGGAAACUGGCGUUUGAGCAGCUGCAGAAAGGAAACCUGAUCUUCUAUGAAUCAGACCUGACAGAGUGUGGCAUCGAUAUCACAGCAGCUUCAGUUUACUCAGGAGUCUUCACUCAGAUCUUUAAAGAGGAGAGAGGCCUGUACCAGGACAUGGUCUUCUGCUUUGUCCAUCUGAGUGUUCAGGAGUUUCUUGCUGCUCUUCAUGUUCAUCUGACCUUCAUCACCUCUGGAACAAAUCUGUUGUCAGAAGAACCAACAACGAGCCAGUGGUCCAGACCGUUUAGAAAAAAACGCCAGCGCUCCAUACAAACAAACAAACCUGAACUGAAUCAUCUGCACCAGAGUGCUGUGGACGAGGCCUUACUGAGUCCAAAUGGACACCUGGACUUGUUCCUCCGCUUCCUCCUGGGUCUUUCACUGGAGACCAAUCAGAAGCUCUUAAGAGGUCUACUGACACAAACAGGAAGUGGUUCACAGACCAAUCAGAAAACAGUUGAGAACAUCAAGAAGAAGAUUGGUGAGAAUCUGUCAGCAGAGAGAAGCAUCAACCUGUUCUACUGUCUGCAUGAACUUAAAGACCAUUCUCUAACUGAAGAGAUCCAAUGGUUCCUGAGUUCAGGACGCCUGUCCACAGAGACACUGUCUCAUGCUCAGUGGUCAGCUCUGGUCUUCAUCUUACUGUCAUCAGGAAAAGAUCUGGAAGAGUUUGACCUGAAGAAAUACUCUGCUUCAGAGGAGGUUCUUCUGAAGCUGCUGCCGGUGGUCAAAGCCUCCAACAAAGCUCUACUGAGUGGCUGUAACCUCUCAGAGAGAAGCUGUGAAGCUCUGUCCUCAGUCCUCAGCUCUGUGUCCUCUAGUCUGAGACACGUGGACCUGAGUAACAACGAGCUGCAGGAUUCAGGAGUGAAGCUGCUGUGUGAUGGACUGAAGAGUCCUCACUGUUCUCUGGAGACUCUCAUCAGAACUCUGACUCUUGUUGAUGAAGAUGUUUUUUCUGAAUCACUGAGUUCAUCAUAUCUUCUUAACUCCAGUCUGUCAGGUUGUCUGGUAUCAGAGGAAGGAUGUUCUUCUCUGACCUCAGCUCUGAACUCCAACCCCUCCCAUCUGAGAGAACUGGACCUGAGCUACAAUCAUCCAGGAGACUCAGGAGAGAAGCUGCUAUCUGCGGGACUGAGAAGUCCACACUGGAGACUGGACACUCUCAGGAUGGACCAUGCUGAGAGCAGAGGUUAAAACCUGGUCUCAGGAAGUGUAAGUAUGGAUUUACAGGAAAUAACAACAUAUCAGCUGAUCAUCAAUAAACUGCAGCUGUGUCUUGUCUUCAUCAGAUUCAU